AUGGAAAAUGCCUGCACAAACCUCAACCAGGUGGCCCGCUCGGUGCGGCUGCUCAACAUCGACGGCUUCAGCUUGACCGCAGGCAUGGGCGGCGACUACUGCCUCAAGUCCAUAUGGACCGUCGAUGGGUACGAGCUGGAAGUCCUUAUCUAUCCGGGCACCACAUGGGUGGCUCUGAAACUCGUCUUUCUCAGUGAAGCCCGCACACAGUGGGGUGUGAGGGCGAGCAUGGCCUGUCAGCUGGUAGAUCUCAGCAGGGAGCUUGAGCCGUAUCACGAGUAUGCCGUGUCAGAAACCUUCUAUCAUCCCCAGGACUUCGGGGCACUGGUCUUCAUGGACAGAAAUAAGAUACCAUCUGGUUAUAUCAAGGAUGAUAUGUUGACACUGCGAUGCGCGAUCACCGUACUCAAGGAGUUACCAGUGCCAACCAUCCCAGCUGAAGAAGUGAUCGCCCAACCAUCCACCAACUUGCGCGAGCACCUCGGCGAACUCCUGCAGAGCGAGAUGGGAGCCGAUGUCACACUUCUUGUGUGCGACGAGCCGUUUGCUGCACACAGGUGCAUACUGGCCUCACGGUCUCCGGUUUUCAAGGCCCAGUUCUUCGGAGACAUGAAGGAGAAGUGCUCGGCACGCGUGGAGAUCAAGGACAUGGAGGCGGCGGUGUUCAGGGCCAUGCUGCACUUCAUCUACACUGACAUGGUGCCUGAGCUUGAUCGGCCGCUCGAGGAGGUGACCACGAUGGCUCAACAUUUGCUUGUGGCCGCUGACAUGUAUGGACUUGAGAGGCUCAAGCUGAUUUGUGAAAUAAAGCUCUGUGGUUGCAUCACUGUGGACACCGCAGCGACCACUCUUGCUUUGGCGGAGCAGCACGAUUGCUCGAAGCUCAAGGCCAAAUGUGUCGAGUUCAUCGUCAGCACGCCUGCUGUUCUUGAGGCUGUGUUGGCGACAGAUGGGUAUAAGCACCUUGAAGAAAGCUGCCCUUUGGUCCUGACUGAGCUUCUCAAGUCUGUCCAUUUAAUCUGCCUGUGGGCCCUGCUCGAGCAGACUCAUUUGAUUUCACUCUUAGGCGAAGCUUCGACUGUGACCACUCUCAGGUCUUCGCCAUGGAAAAGGCUUGCACAAACCUCACCGACGUCGUGCGCUCGGUGCGGCUGCUCAAGAUUAAGGGCUAUAGCUUGA